GGAAGUGACGCAUAACCUGCGACGCCAGUGCCUGCAGCCCACAGCUGCGGGAGUCGGCCUUCAGUCGCACCGGAGACCGCGUACUUUCCUCCGAUGGUUGCAGCAAAGGGAUCAUGACGGGGAAAAAGUCCUCCCGGGAGAAACGGCGCAAACGUAGCAGUCAAGAGGCCGCCGCGGCGCUCGCGGCCCCGGACCUCAUACCUGCCUUGGCCAGCGGCGGCAGUGGAAGCACUAGCGGCUGCGGUAGCGCCGGUGGUUGUGGGAGCGUCAGCUGCUGUGGGAACGCCAGCUUCAGUGGAAGUGUCACCGGCGGUGGAAGCGCCGGCAGCUGCUGGGGUGGGAGCAGCGUGGAGCGCAGCGAGCGCCGGAAGCGGAGGAGUACCGACUCUUCUUCCAGCGUUUCGGGCUCCCUGCAGCAGGAAAGCAAAUAUAUUUUGCCAACUUUGGAGAAAGAAUUAUUCUUGGCAGAACACAGUGACCUGGAAGAAGGUGGAUUGGACCUGACUGUCUCAUUGAAACCAGUUAGUUUCUAUAUAUCAGACAAAAAAGAAAUGCUUCAGCAGUGCUUCUGUAUCAUAGGAGAGAAGAAGUUACAGAAGAUGCUUCCUGAUGUGUUAAAGAACUGUUCAAUAGAAGAAAUUAAAAAACUAUGCCAGGAACAGUUAGAGCUCCUGUCUGAAAAAAAAAUUUUGAAGAUUCUUGAGGGUGACAAUGGAAUGGACUCUGAUAUGGAAGAGGAGGCAGAGGAUGGCUCUAAGAUGGGAUCUGAUUUAGUCAGUCAGCAAGACAUCAGUAUAGAUUCUACUUCAUCCAUGAGAGAGAACAAGCAACCUGAAGGUUUGGAAUUAAAACAAGGCAAAGGGGAAGAUAGUGAUGUACUCAGUAUAAAUGCAGAUGCUUAUGACAGUGACAUAGAAGGCCCAUGCAAUGAAGAAGCAGCUGCUCCCGAGGCACCAGAAAAUACAGUCCAAAGUGAAGCUGGUCAGAUAGAUGACCUGGAGAAAGACAUUGAGAAAAGUGUGAAUGAGAUUCUGGGACUGGCAGAAUCUAGCCCGAAGGAACCCAAAGCAGCCACCCUGGCUGUUCCUCCACCAGAAGACGUUCAACCUUCUGCACAGCAACUAGAGCUGCUAGAACUUGAGAUGAGGGCAAGAGCGAUUAAGGCCCUAAUGAAAGCUGGUGAUAUAAAAAAGCCAGCCUAGGUAUUUAACUUGAGUUUGAAUUUUAGGUAUGUUUGAACAAAGCCACAUCAUAUAAUUUUGUAUCUAAAAUUUAUUUGGGGUCUUAUAUUUCUCAUGUAACCCUUAUUAGGUCAACUUAUUUUAGGUGUAAAAUACCUGUGGCUAUUUCUUUUUAUUCUUUAUUUUUUGACUACUUUCAUAUUAUAAAUAUGUGUUAUUGUCUUAUGAAUUAAUGGCAAAUAUAGUUGGAUAGCCUGGGUACUUUGUUAGAUGAGUAUUUAGCUGUGUCUGCAAAUCUUAAAAGCCAUUAGCAAAGAGUAAUGGUAUUUUUUUCUUUAUUUUUAAAUGUUUGGCCACCAAACCUAAAAGCAAAAGAUUGACCAAGCAUGUUUCUCUUAAGGUAGCCUAUAUUUUGCAAUAGAAUAUUAAAUUAUUGCUUUAGAUUUAUUAAUAAUUUGAGAAAUUUAGUUUUGCUUAUAUGUGCUUUUAAAAUAUAUACUGUUUUGAAGAUUCCUGAUGUUGACACAAAUUUCAUAGUUAAAAUAAAAUACCGGAGAUCUGAAAUAGAUGAGAAAAACUUUUUUAUUAAAGGAAGGAAUUAAUUUAAGGCAAUUUUUAACAGUGUAGAACUAAUUGCCCGUGUUUAAUUAUAGCAGACAAGCCAUUCUAACAGGUAUUUGAUACUAUUGAAUGCAUUAUUCUAGGUUUUUUCUUUAAUAAAAAUGGAACAAGUUUUCAUUUACAUUCCAAGCUGUCAGGAAAUUGAGAAUACUUUAUUAUCCAGGAUUUCAUCUGAUGUAGUUGCCUAAAGAUCUGAUGUGCUAUAAUUCCACAAAUCAAAAAUAAAAAAAGGCUAUCAUUCUGGAUCUGAAGACUUUUGAUACUUUUUCAAAAGCAAAAUUAAUUUCAGAAACCUUUGAUAAGUUGUUGUUAUAAUUAAUCUAAUUUUGUAUAGUUUUUAUAAAUAAAUUACCAUCCUUCCACAAUUAUGGAUGCUUUUUCCCCCGUCACUAACUGCAGUUGUUUGAUACCAAAAUAAAUUUACAUAGAGCUCCUUAACUUAAAAUAAAUUAAUUUUUUAAAAAACAUAAAUCUGGAACUGUGGUUUCUAUAUUUGAUAACGAAUGUAGUAUAUUUUAUUGAUAAGUCAUGCUCUACCAAUACUGUAUGAGGAUUUUCCUUAUAUACAAAAGUUGCAGGGAUUGUGUUUUAUUAGCUGCCUUAAUUAUGUUAAUUUUAAAGGGUUUUUACAUGGAAAUAGAGGACAUUUAUGAAACAUUGGAAUUGCAGUUACAAAUUCUUUUUGUUGUUGUUCCUGAACAUGGCUUGGAAUAAUUCUGCCUUUUUUUCCCCCUCCUUGAAUCUUUCUAAUAAAGCAUAGAAGAAGCCUGUAUGAUUUUAAAUGCUUCUCUUAGGCUGGUAAACAGAUUUGAGUUAUGAGUUUCAUUGUUAUUUCUUCAAGAUGAAAAGACAUCGAUAUAAUUUUUCUAUUUCAACUUAAAAUAAUAUGCUAAAAUAGUACAGAAUAAACUUUAUUGCUGCUUACUAGUUACAAAAUACUGUAAAUGGCAUCUGUAUGAUUAAACCUGCAAGAGUAGAAAAAGGUCUGAGGGCUUUGUAAAUGAUUAAAGUCUCCACCUUCAUGAAA